AUGCUCGUAGAACAACCCAGAGACAUCACACAAGGCCAUCUAGAGAAGAGCAGCCUACUAUGGCGGUCGACAGAAACCGAAGCCAUGAAAUCAGUACUCAACCGCGAUAUCACGUCUAGUACUUCGUCGUCCUCAUCAACACCAAAUGAUGUGGAUGAGCCCUGUCGGCGUCUUGUCCUAAGAGGACAGGGGAACUAUAUAUACCUGGCAGAUGGACGUGAAAUACUGGAUGCCUGUGGAGGGGCGGCUGUUGCUUGCCUCGGACAUGGAGUUAAGGAAGUUGCUGACGCAAUUAUCACUCAAACUGCCUCUAUCUCCUACGUUCCUUGGGGUUUCAUGGAUAGCCAGAGCCGACGAGAUCUGAAUAGAUGGCUAUCGCAAACUUCUAACGGGCACUUCACAAAGACAUGGGUUACAUCAUCUGGCUCCGAAGCGAUGGAAGGCGCAAUAAAGCUUGCUCGCGAGUACUUUACGUGGAUUGGGCAACCGCAGCGCGUGAAUUACAUCGCUCGGGAUGAAUCUUACCAUGGGAUCACGCUAGGCGUGCUGUCUGUGGGAGGUCACCUAACUAGAAGAACCCCGUUUGAACCACUUCUAGUACCCAACGUCUAUCAUAUACCGGCGUGUAACCCCUAUCGUCAAAGACUUCCCAGAGAGUCAGACGAUGAAUUCGUCUCCCGCAAGGCAGAAGAGCUCGAACAGGCGUUCCACCGGGCUGGCCCGGAUACUGUAGUAGCAUUUGUCGCAGAGCCGGUCGUCGGGGCAGCAGCUGGCUGUAUGCCAUCCGUCAAUGGCUAUUUUAAGGCGAUGAAGGCUGUAUGUGAUAAGUAUGGAGCUCUGCUUAUACUCGACGAAGUCAUGUGUGGCAUGGGAAGAACAGGCACCCUGCACGCCUGGGAACAAGAGGGUGUCACUCCCGAUAUACAAGCGGUUGGGAAAGGCCUUGGGGGUGGUUACCAACCCGUCUCAGCCAUAUUAGCUAGCAAGAAGAUCACACAGGUAAUGGAAGCCAAGAAUGUCGCUUUUACACACGGGCACACGUAUAUGGAUCACCCCGUCACCUGCGCGACCGCCCUACGGGUACAGCAGAUCAUACAACGCGAUAACCUCCUUCCCAACGUCCAGGCCCAGGGUCAGUACUUAGAGAAGCUACUCCGCAACAAACUACAGAACCACCCCAACGUCGGUGACAUCCGGGGCCGCGGCUUGUUCUGGGGCGUCGAGUUCGUCUUGGAUAAAGAGACUAAAGAGCCAUUCGACCCCAAACUUCAGAUCGCGCGCCGCGUCCACGAGACGGCUCUGGAAGCUCCGCACAACGUGUCACUGUAUUUCGGCCAAGGGUGUGCCGGGCAGGGCAAGGGCGACCACAUCAUGAUCAUGCCCGCGUAUAACGUCACUCAAGACGUCGUAGAGACGAUCGUCGACAAGGUCGCGGCUGUUAUCGCCGACUUCUUUACCCAGCUGGAGAAGGAGCACGAAGCUGAGCAAGAAUAG